GCAUUUUCAAAACUGUCAUUCGCCCGGUCGCCCCCUCAUUCUCCAUUAUUUCGAGUUUAUGUUCCGUUUCCUUCUCAUGGUGCAAGUUUGUGGGAAUGUGAUGAUUUACCCUAAUAAUUAAAUUAUUUAUUCAUCUUAUUAAUUUCCCGGAUUUUUUUUUAGAAAUAUUGAAUGGGCUCAAAAAUGUUUCUAAAACUAUGUUUAUAGGGAGUCCCAAUAAAAUUAAUUCCAUUUGAUAUUGAUCAAACUGCUGGUUUUUAUCAGUUCAUCUUUUUUAAUUGAACAUUUUUUGUGUUAUUAGUGUUAUUUUGAGUCAUGGAAAAGGCGCCACAACAGAAUAUUCCAGGAAAUAAGGAUGAUGGAAGUGAAGCAAAACUUGAUGAGGAUGUUCCAGAAGAUUUCUUUGAUGACUUUAUGAAGGAAGACUUUAUGGCUGGCCUGGACAUUGUAGAUGAGGAUAAUAAUAUAGGACUGGAUACUGAUAACUCUAAACAACCGAAAGUACAAAAACAAAAAAACAGAAGUAAAAUAGAUCAUGUAAAAAAGUUCAGAGACUCACCACCUGGUGUAAAAACCUUGGUAAAAGCAAAGGGUGAGCAAAAAAAGUCAAGAGCUGAUAGUCAGCUUAAACGUUUAGAUAAGGCAUUGGACAAUAUUAAAAAAGCACCCCUUAAAAAACCUGAUAAACAUAUUAUAGAUGCAGAGAUCUUUGAUAUAAGAAGAGAUCCAGAGAAAACUAGGAUGGCUAUUGAAAGGGAUAAGGUGAAAAGUGCAAAAGACAAAGAAAAACGUCUCAUUACUGAUAUUGUAGAAACUGGUCUGGUUCCUCCUGGAAUGGAACUUGAAAUGAAUUUUGAAGAAGUUUCCCAUUUUGAUUCAAAGCCAGUUAUAGGAGAUUUAAGAGAAAAGAUUCGUGCCAGAAAAAGUAGAAGUAAGCCUCCUGUAGAUAAAAGAUCUGUUAGAAAAAGUCUUAGUCCAGGUAAGCCUAGAAGGGUAAGGACACCAAAACUUAGAUCCCCAGGUUUUGUUAGUGCAGCAACCUCAUAUAGGUCCAGAAAUCGAUCCCCCAUAAGAAGAAGCUUUAAUUUAUCCCGCAGUCCAAUAAGAAGGAUAGAGAGAAGCCCUUAUAGACCUUCCUUUAGAAGAUCAAGAAGCUUCAGAAUGAAUUGCAGGAGUCCAUCUCCUAGAAGAAGAAUAAGAUCUAGGAGUAGAAGAAGUCCAUUCUCCAGGCAUUCAAGAAGCAGAGAUCGUUCUUCAAGUUAUCACAGGAGAAGAGAUAGCUACAGCCCAAGAAGGAGAUCUCGUUCAAGAAGUCCAAGAAAAGUAAACAAAAAUGACAAGCCAUCUUUCUUAGAAGAAUUGGUUGCCAAAUUACAGGAAACUCGCCCAUUAUAUCAGUCUGGGUAUCCACCACAUCCAUCAGUAGUGCCCUCUGGUUUUCAACCUGUUCCUUAUUUACAACCAUCAGUAAUGCCACAAAGUAUACCACCAUUAGUACAGCCGGGACCACCUUCAAAUUCCUUCUUUGUACCACAAACACUUCCUGCACCUCAGCCGCAAUAUCAACAACCUCAACCAAAGUGCGACCCAUAUGAUGAGAGUUUCUUUAUUGGAACAACUACUACAAGUAAAACAGUCUCUAAAACUACUACUAUCAGUGAAAAUCCACCAGGACCUGACACUUUGGUUAAGAAUGGCAUAUCCAGCAACCCCAGGUUUGAAGGGAAGGAUAUCACAAAACUGUUUGGUGACAAAAGGAUAAAGCUUAGUGAUUUUUUGGCUAUUUCUUCGAAACCAACAAAAGCGAUUAAUUCGUCGUCGCCGAAGGUGCAAGAAAAAGUCAAAGUGAUACAGCGAUGUCAGGACGCUAUCAAACUAUUGAAUCAAAAACGGUUCACUGGACCCCUAAUAGUUCAAAGAACGGACACCCACGAAUGCUCCAAGGAUAAGACGAUUUCACCGAUGCUGAGAAAACCAAUCAUUCGACUACCAUUCACCACCCCUGGCAUGACAAAUUCAAGUGAAAUAAACUUCACUAAAUGCUGCGAGAUGCUUCUGCGCCGAGUAGGGAUCGACAAGAAUUCGUCGGAGCUGAAAAAGCCAGAUAAACUUCCUGAAACUUCAUCUAAACAGAUAGUUAAAACAGAGGCACCACCCACUGCAAUAGCUUCUAGUCCUUCAGAACCAAAGUCUCCCAUUAAAACUCUCAGCAAAAGUAUCAGCAUUCAGACUGACAAAGAAUUAUCCAUAUGUAAAGAUUGCCUUAAGCGUAAAGGUAUUUUAUAUUCAAACUGUGGCGUACAAUCAGGCAAUCCAAUGUUAACCUUUUCGGUUAGCACGCAAGUAACAGAAGCAGAUUUCUAUUCAAUGAUUCCCAAGACUCAGUCUUUAGCUUCAUUAACUCCUGCUCAACUGUUAGGCAAACAAUCGAUAUCGGACUUUACGAAAAUGUCGUCUGGAAGUUUUGAAUCGAGACACGGUAGAAACAUGACUGCUCAGGAAGUUCUGACGCGUGCACGUCAAACCGUUCCUAGUCCUCCCGCUCCUCCUUUUAUGCACACUACCCCUGCCUCACUUCAAACAGAAUCUUACCCGCAGUCCUUGUUGAAUACUGCAUCUCUGGCCUCAUUGAUGGCACUAAGGGCUCCUGGUGCAGGUAAUUCGUUUAUGGGUGAUCGAAAAGGUGGUUUUCCUAAAAGAUAUUGACUUGGGUGGUGCAUUCUAUGUUUACAUAAGUUUUUUUUAAAUUUUAUUGUUCAUAGUGUUAAGGUUUUUUUCACGUCACUUUGGUUUUAAUUCUUAGUGAAUCCUGUGCAAAAACAGAUAUUUUUACUAUGAAUGGAUCAAAUUGUUGUAUAAAGAGCUAUAUAUGUAAUGUAACCAUACUAUUGAAAUGUAAAUGGUUAGUAUAUUAUUAUUAAGACAGAUUGGUUUUAAUUCUAUUUUACUCUGUGGGUCAUGAUAAUAUUGUUAACCUAGCAUUUUUGACAUUGCAGAAUAAAUACUUAAAGCAACCUA